CAAAAGCCACGAGCGUCUGCUCCUCCUCUCCUCCACAGCUCCACUCCCUUUACAGCAUUCCUCCUUCCUCGGACGAACUGCAAAAUCCAAAAGAACCCUUGAUAAUUUCAAUGUCUCUCUCAAUCCCAACGCUGCACCUCUCUUUCUCUAAAACCCUCUCGUCCCAAAAUCCUCUCUUCUUUCCAAAACCCUUCAGCCUCACUCUCCCUCCUAAAACCACAAUAACAAUUCGAAUGGGCGGAGGCCCAAGAACAUUCCCUGGAGGAGUCUCCAAGUGGCAAUGGAAACGAAUGCAAAAAAAUAAAGCUAAACAACUCCUAAAAGCUAGGCUUUGCCGGGAGAGACAGAUUUACGAAAUGAGAAAAAGGGCAGAGCUCAAAGCUGCUGUUUCUGAAUUAGAGCGUCCUUGGGAGGUUGUUGGCAAAGCACCCAAGUUGUUUUCUGUAGGCGCUGAUGAACAAGUUAAGGUUUUGGCUGACCGCUUUCAGAAACCAGGUGGGUUUGAUUUGUGGAGUGAAAGAGAUGGUCCCCAGUUGUUUGAGACCCCUGAUGGGGUUCCAUCUGCCAGAUUUUUUCCAAAAGGUGUUGUUCAAACUGUGAAACCUUAUGGUAAGGUUUCUGCUUCUGGUUUUGGUGAAUUGAGUGCUCGAAUGCUGGAUUCUGAUUUUGGAAGCUAUACUGAAAGUGAAUAUCAGAAUGACGGAAUGCUCGUUAAUGAGAAAUUCAGUAAUUUAUUAGAAAUUGAAGAUGGGUCAGUUUCAGAGAGUGGAUAUAGGGGAAGUUCUGAUGGGAAAUUGGGGAUGGAUAAGAGGAAUGCAAAGAGAAAUACUGGUAAAUACAGGAAGAAGGGGGAUAGGAGGAGAUUUGGGAAUGUUUCUAAUGCAUUUGAUUCAGGGCAAGUUGGUUUUGAGAAAGAGAAAGGAGUGGGUGGCACUACCAAUCGCAGUGCUGGUCGUGAUAAUAGGAUUAGUAGGAGUAACAAAUGGCAGUAGGAUUAAUAGGAAUCGGAGAGAUUCCAAGUCUGAUGUUUAUGAUAUAAGUUUGCAACAGGAUGGGAGUUAUGGAUUCCAAGUCGAGAAUGAGAAGUUCAAUUCUAAUUCGUGGGAUGUGGAGGCAUUUGAGUUCGAUUCUUUGUAGCUUUAGACUGGCUAUUGUGAGUUGCACUUGCAAUAAAGGGUGCUGUUAAAUUGUGAAACCCUGUUGCAUUGCUGGUCUCUUUGGAGUUCUGACACUUCAUGUAUGUGCCGUGGCGACAACCAGCAAGUUAUAACUUUUUUGUUUUGAGGAACUAAUAUGCCAACUUAUGGAUGAUGAUCAGGUAUUCAUUGUCGCCUUUGUAAGCACGGAUUGAUGUAUAUGAUUGUAUAAUAUGUUGUGUGCUCUCUUUUACUAAGCUGUAUAUCAAGUCUUUCACUCUUUGCUGAAAUAAUAUAAGGAAGUUUCGCUAUAA